AUGGUCGUCAUGGUAUGGCUCCGUCACUCCAAGAAACUCCUCCGCUGCAGCAGCACUGCUACAGUAAACGUGAAAGGAAUUCUUAGACACAGUGCUAUAUGGGAUUUUCAAUGUGAGUGUGUGCAUCCGUGUGUGGUGUGAGUGUGAGUGUGUGUGUGUGUGUGUGUGUGUGUCCGUCUGUUUGUGUGAGUGUGUGUGUGUGUGUCGGUGUGUGUGUAGAGAUGUGGGUCAUGCUGUUCAGCUGGAAUAGCCUACAUAUGUGGAACAGGAAGAGAGGAGAUCCACACAGGAACAGCUUCUGGGGGAGGAAUGUAUUCUGUUCAAAACACUGUAGCUUGCGUCCCAAAUAGCACCCAGAGCCCUAUGGUCAAAAGUAGUGCACUAUAUAGGGAAUAGGGUGCCAUUUGGGACACGAUCGACAGGCAAUGUGUGCUAUAAUAACACAACCCAGCCUGUUGGAAACCCUCUCUGACACGUGCCCUAUGGCUUCUCUCUCACAGAUGAUAUCAAGUUUCAACAGCAUUUCAUAUCAAGUGUUUGUAAUGACUCUCUCUUUGUACUGGCUGGCCUUGACUGGUGCUUAGUUAGACUUACUACUGUGGUGCCGGGGCUUGAGUCUCAAGACAGAUACACCGCACAGGAUGCAUUAGUCUAAAUGAUGCAUGCGUUAGUGUAAGUGUUGUUCUGGGUUCAUUUCCACUUUGUCAGUACCCAGAUGAAAGUUGACUAGCUGAGAGAGAGAGAGGAAACCCCUACGUUCAGUUUGGUUCCUUCUUUUCCCUUUGAACAGCUAUGUCCAGUCUCUUUGAUUUGAUGUGUCAUAGACAUUUCAGCCAGGUGCUCUCCAGCUGAACAAAUACUAUUUCAAACUGAGUUUGUGUCCCAAAUGGCACCCUAUUCCCUACAUAGUGCACUACUUUUGACCAUAGCCCUAUGGGCCCUGGUCAAAAAGUAGUGCACUAUAUAGGGAACAGGGUGCCAUUUUGGAUGUAGCCCAGCUCUGUAGUCACGCACAGGUAGGCUGCCUGAAUGCCUGCCAUACAUCUUACCCAGGGUAUUGCUUCAAUGCUUUGUUCCUGAAAAGCUCUCUGGGUAAUUUCUGCAUCCAAGGUCCAAUGGUUAGGAGAUGUGUAGAGCAAGGCUGUGUCCCAAAUAGUACCCUAUUUCCUACAUAGUGCAGUACUUUUGACCAAGGUCCAUAGAGCUCUGGUAAAAAGUAGUGCACUAUAUAGGGAAUAGGGUGACAUUUGGGACGCAACCCCCCACAACUGAAAGGGACCCCACUCUGUGUAGGACUGGAUCAGCUAAAGGUGACAGGUAUUUGGUAUUUUGGUAUUUUAUUAGGAUCCCCAUUAGCUGUUGCAAAAGCAGCAGCUACUCUUCCUGGGGUCCACACAAAACAUGAAACAUGACAUAAUACAGAACAUUAACAGACAAGAACAGCUCAAGGACAGAACUACAUACAUUUUAAAACGUCACACGUAGUCUACAUAUCAGUAGAUACACACAAAAUAUCUAGGUCAAAUAGGGGAGAGGCGUUGUGCCGUGAGGUGUUGCUUUAUCUGUUUUUUUGAAACCAGGUUUGCUGUUCAUUUGAGCAAGAUGAGAUGGAACGGAGUUCCAUGCAAUCAUGGCUCUAUAUAAUACUGUAUGCUUUCUUGAAUUUGUUCUGCAUUUGGGUACUGUGAAAAGUGUGUGUGUGCAAACAAUUUGGAAUUUCCAACACAUUGUUUCUUAUAAAAAAAGAAGAAGUGAUGCAGUCAGUCUCUUCUCUACUUUUAGCCAGGAGAGACUGGCAUGCAUAGUAUUGAUAUUAGCCCUCUGAUUACAGUGAAGAGCAAGACGUGCCGCUCUGUUCUGGGCCAGCUGCAUCUUAACUAGGUCUUUCUUUGCAGCACCUGACCACAUGACUGGACAAUAAUCAAGAUAAGAUAAAACUAGAGCCUGCAGGACUUGCUUUGACAGGGACAAAUGAAAGCAUUAUAUUAUGUGACUAAUUGUUGGCUCUUACCUGGCCCAGUGUGUGUGUGUGUGUGUGUGUGUUAGGCCAUAGAUACUGCAGAGCAUUGUUGACUUUGCAGUUUUUCACAUCUUGCACUGUCAGAAGAAAUCAGUUCAUCUGCUGAAUGGAUUCAGUGGCGUGAAAGGUUUCAGCCCAAUAUGGCACCCUAUUCCCUAUAUAGUGCACUACUUUUGACCGGGGCUCUAGUCCAAAGUAGUGUACUAUAUAAGGAAUAAGGGUGCCAGUUUGUGACAUACACAAGUUGUGAAAACAGUUAUGAUGUUCUUCCCUCUCUGAGACCUUGGCGUUGCUACAGUAAGCCCACAUUGCUAACCCCUGUCUGUCCCGCUUCCUUUUUCAGGACGACAGCGAUGGGAUCCCAUGGUUAGAGGAGCGCGAGGUGAGGAAGGUGCUUUACCUUUCCCUGAAGGAGUUUAAGAACACCCAGAGGAACAAGGUGACAGAUGGCCUCGGCACAGGAAAUAUCAAUGGUGAGUCUCUCGCCUGGAGCUCUGAUCGUCACAAUGGUCACAUACCAAAUGGCACCCUAUUCCCUAUAUAGUGCACUACUUUUGACCAGAGCCCUAUGGGAGAAAAGGGUGCCAUUUGGGAGGAAGCCUUUGUCAUUGGGCCUUCAACAAUAGCCUGCAGUACCUUAGAAAUGACAAUUGUGUUGACUGUUUCUCUUUCUAACACAUCCACAGCAUACUUGUUACUAAAUGGUUCUCCAGCACAGUUAGUUUCUUUAGCCUCAUAAAACCAGCCAGACCUGUUUCACUUAACGAAAUGUGAGCGCAGCGGGUAGUCUGGUUCCAUGAGGAUAGAAGAAGUGAGAAAGAAUAGGCUAAUUUUGGUAUUCACAAAUACAUGUUUACCUCCUUGUGAAAUUGCCUCCUGUUCAUAUAGUACCAAUAUUAUAAUUUUCCAACCUGGCCUAUCCAGGUAAACACCACAGGAACCUGGGCUAUCCAGGUAACACCACAGGAACCUGGCCUAUCCAGGUAAACACCACAAGACCUGGCCUAUCUGGGUAAACCCCACAGGACCUGGCCUAUCCGGUAAACACCACAGGACCUGGCCUAUCCAGGUAAACACCAGAGGACCUGGCCUAUCCAUGUAAAACACCACAAGACCUGGCCUAUCCAGGUAAACAACCACAGGACCCUGGCCUAUCCAGGUCAAACACCCACAGGACCUUGGCCUAUCCAGGUAAACACCACAGGACCUGGCCUAUCCAGGUAAAACACCAGAGGACCUGGCCUAUCCAAGUAAAACACCACAGGACCUGGCCUAUCCAGGUAAACACCACAGGACCUGGCCUAUCCGGGUAAACACCACAGGAAACCCGGCCUAUCCGGGGAAACACCAGAGGGCCGGCCUAUCCAAAUAAACACCCCCAGGGGCCUGGCCUUUUGGGAAACACCAAAGGGCCUGGCCUUUUCCAGGUAAAACCCCAAAGAGACCUUUGGCCCCCUCCAAAUAAACACCCCCGGACCUGGCCUUUUCCGGGAAAACCCCCGACCUGGCCUACCAAGUAAAAAACCAAAAGGGGCCUGGCCUAUCCAAAAUAAACACCCAAACCGGACCGGGGCCUUUUCCAGGGAAACCUCAGGGCCUUGCCUAUCCAAAUUUAAAAAAACCCGAGGCCUGGGCCCAUCCCGGGGAAAAAAACCCCAGGACCCCGGGUACCCCGGUAAACACCCCCAAACCUGGCCUACCGGGAAAAAACCACCGGGCCUGGCCCCUCCGGGUAAACACCAAAAGGAAACCCGGGGCCCAUCCAGGUUUAAAAACCCGAGGGCCUGGCCUAUCCAGGUAAAAACCCCCAAAGACCUGGCCUAUUUCCCGGUUUAAAAACCACGGACCGGCCUUCCCGGGGAAACCCACCAAAAAACCCCCGGCCUAUCCAGGUAAAAACCCACAGGACCGGCCCCAUCCAGGUAAACCCAGAGGGCCUGGCCCCUUUCCAAGUUUAAAAACCACAGGACCUGGCCUUCCAGGGGAAACACCACAGGCCCAAACCGGGUAAAAACCAAGGAUCUGGCCCCAUCCGGGUAAAAACCAAGGCCGGGGCCCAUCCAAAUAAAAACCACAGGACCUGGCCUUUGGGUAAACCCCCAAAGGACCGGCCUAUCCCGGUAAACACCACAGACUGGCCCCAUCCGUAAAAAACCACAGGACCUGGCCUAUCCCGGUAAACACCACAGGGGGCCCGGGCCCAUUUCCCAAAUAAAACCAGAGGACCUGGCCUAUCCAAAAUAAAAAAACCAAAAGGGGGCCCCCUUUCCCAUCCCGGUAAAAAACCUCAGGACCUUGGGGUUUUCCCCCCUAAAAAACCAAGGACCUUGGGCCUUUUCCAGGGAAAAAAACCACAGGACCCGGCUAUCCAGGUAAAAACCAGAGGACCCGGCCCCUUUCCCGGGAAACACCAGAGGGCCUGGCCUACCAGGUAAAAAACCACAGGGCCUGGCCCCAUCCAAGUAAAAAAAAGAGGGCCUGGCCUAUCCAGAAAAAAACCCGAGGGCCCGCCAUCCCGGGGAAACACCAAAAGGAAAACCCGGCCUUCCAGGUAAACACCGAGGACCUUGGCCCCACCAGGUAAACACCACAGGAAACCCGGCCUACCAGGUAAACCCACAAAACCGGCCUAUCCCGGGAAAAAACCACAGGGGCCUGGCCCAAACCGGGAAAAAACCAAGGACCCCGGCCUUCCAGGGGAAAAAAAAAGAGGAAACCCGGGCCCAUUUUCCAAAAAAAAAAACACCAAGGGCCUGGGCCCACCAGGUAAACAAACCCCCGGGGGUCUGGCCUAUCCAGGUAAAAAAACCAGAGGAACCGGGCCCCUUUAAAGGAAACACCACAGCACCUGGCCUAUCCAGGGGGGAAACACCAAGGGGGCCUGGCCUACCAGAAAAAAACCCAAGGGCCGGCCUAUCCCGGUAAACAAACCAGAAAGGGCCGGGGCCCAUUCCCGGGAAACACCACAGGAACCCGGCCUAUCCAGGGGGAAACCCCCACAGGGCCGGGGCCCAAACCAAGUAAAAAACCAAAGGGGCCUGGCCCUUUUCCAAUAAACCCCCAAAAAAGGAAAUUUCCCAUCCCGGGAAACACCACAGGACCGGCUAUCCAGGUAAACACCACAGGACCUGGCCUAUCCAGGGAAACACCACAGGACCUGGCCUAUCCAGGUAAACACCAGAGGACCUGGCCUAUCCAGGUAAACACCACAGGACCUGGCCUAUCCAGGUAAACACCACAGGACCUGGCCUAUCAGGUAAACACCACAGGACCUGGCCUAUCCAGGUAAACACCACAGGACUGGCCUAUCAGGUAAACACCACAGGACAUGGCCUAUCCAGACAAACACCAGAGAUGGAUGGAUAUAGAGUAUUCUGAGCAGGCAGGAGAAAGGCUUUAGACUGUUUUAUGCGAAAGCAAAGAUGAAAGGAUUCAGUCUUUCUAACACACCUACACAUUCAGAGUCAGACAGGCUGUAAAGCCAUUCAGUCAGACAGGCUGUAAAGCCAUUCAGAGUCAGACAGGCUGUAAAGCCAUUCAGAGUCAGACAGGCUGUAAAGCCAUUCAGAGUCAGACAGGCUGUAAAGCCAUUCAGAGUCAGACAGGCUGUAAAGCCAUUCAGAGUCAGACAGGCUGUAAACACUUAGGAUGCAUCUCAAAUGGAACCCUAUUCCCCAUAUGUAGUGCACUACUUUUGACCACGACCCGUAGAGUUGGUGGUUCACUAUAAAAGGAAUAGGGUACCAUUUGGGAUGCACACCUAGACACAAACUAACGGUAGAAAAGCAUCAUGCUAUUCAGACAGACAAGCUCUGAAGACAAGAUACACUCAUCUGGGAAUAACACAAAUGGAGCAGGAAGUGAAUGCUGCAUACACAAUUAGAUGCUUCCAGUUUGGCUUCUCUUCUCUGUGUUUACCCACAAUAACAUCUCUUCUCUGGCCGUUUACCCACAGUGACAUCUCUUCUCUGGCCAUUUACCCACAAUAACAUCUCUUCUCUGGCUGUUUACCCACAGUGACAUCUCUUCUCUGGCCGUUUACCCACAGUAACAUCUCUUCUCUGGCUGUUUACCCACAGUAACAUCUCUUCUCUGGCCGUUUACCCACAGUAACAUCUCUUCUCUGUCUGUUUACCCACAGUAACAGCUCUUCUCUGGCUGUUUACCCACAGUAACAUCUCUUCUCUGUCUGUUUACCCACAGUAACAUCUCUUCUCUGGCUGUUUACCCACAGUAACAGCUCUUCUCUGGCCGUUUACCCACAAUAACAUCUCUUCUCUGGCUGUUUACCCACAGUGACAUCUCUUCUCUGGCCGUUUACCCACAGUGACAUCUCUUCUCUGGCCGUUUACCCACAGUGACAUCUCUCUCUGGCUGUUUAACCCACAGUAACAUCUCUUCUCUGGCUGUUUUACCCACAGUAACAGCUCUUCUCUGGCUGUUUACCCACAGUAACAUCUCUUCUCUGGCCGUUUACCCACAGUAACAUCUCUUCUCUGGCCGUUUACCCACAGUAACAUCUCUUCUCUGGCCGUUUUACCCCACAGUAACAUCUCUUCUCUUGGCCGUUUACCCACAGUAACAUCUCUUCUCUGGCCGUUUACCACAGUAACAUCUCUUCUCUGGCCGUUUACCCACAGUAACAUCUAUUCUCUGGCCGUUUACCCACAGUAACAUCUCUUCUCUGGCCGUUUACCCACAGUAACAUCUCUUCUCUGGCCGUUUACCCCACAGUAACAUCUCUUCUCUGGCCGUUUACCCACAGUAACAUCUCUCUUGGCCGUUUACCCCACAGUAACAUCUAUUCUCUGGCCGUUUACCCACAGUAACAUCUCUUCUCUGGCCGUUUACCCACAGUAACAUCUCUUCUCUGGCCGUUUACCCACAGUAACAUCUCUUCUCUGGCCGUUUACCCACAGUAACAUCUCUUCUCCUGGCCGUUUACCCACGUAACAUCUCUUCUCUGGCCGUUUACCCACAGUAACAUCUCUUCUCUGGGCCGUUUACCCACAGUAACAUCUAUUCUCUGGCCGUUUACCCACAGUAACAUCUCUUCUCUGGCCGUUUACCCACAGUAACAUCUCUUCUCUGGCCGUUUACCCACAGUAACAUCUCUUCUCUGGCCGUUUACCCACAGUAACAUCUCUUCUCUGGCCGUUUACCCACAGUAACAUCUCUUCUCUGGCCGUUUACCCACAGUAACAUCUAUUCUCUGGCCGUUUACCCACAGUGACAUCUAUUCUCUGGCCGUUUACCCACAGUAACAUCUAUUCUCUGGCCGUUUACCCACAGUGAUAAGAUGGGAGGGAAUUCCUAUUUUCCCUGCCUGCGUUCCAAAUGGCACCAUUUUCCCUAUUUAGGCCCUUUUCCCUAUGGGCCCUGGUCAAAAGUAGUGCACUACGUAGGGAAUAGGGUGCCAUUUGGAACGCAUCCCUCUUUUCCCUUUGUUCACUUUCUGUUCAGACUCUGUUCUGACAUUUGUGACUGAUUGGCAUUUGAGUCAGGAUAUGAAGUGCUGUGCUCAACUCAGCCUAGCCACGAUGCCACUCCAGGCCACUUCUGAACCUCAGCAGGAAUCUCCCUGUGCAAGGAAGAGGAGGAGGCUAUUAUUAUCUCUGGGUGUAACACCGCUAAGAGCCAACGCACAGCAUUCCUGCACAGAAAAUAUCAUAUUUUCACACAAAUAUCUAAUAUCUAAAAUAUGUUUUUUGAAUUCUCAAAAAGUGCUAAUGUUUCAGAUUAAUUCUCAAGGCAGACUAAUUUAGAUUAGAUUUCUGUGUUAUCACUUUUCCUCCUUUUCCCCAUUCCUAUGUGCACUAUUCAUUUGCACUCAUCCACUCAUCUACUUGUACUCUUCUACCCGGCACAGCCAGAAAAGGACUCGCCACCCCUCAGAGCCUGGUUCCUCUCUAGGUUUCUUCCUAGGUUCCUGCCUUUCUAGGGAGUUUUUCCUAGCCACCGUGCUUCUACAUCUGCAUUGCUUGCAGUUUGGGGUUUUAGGUUGGGUUUCUGUAUAGCAUUUUGUAACAUCUGCUAAUGUAAAAAGGACUUUAUAAAUACAUUUCAUUGAUUGAUUGAUCAUGCCAAUCAUUUGUACAGCUUGAACCCUCAACCACACACACACACAGAGAGAGAGAGAGACACACACACACAGAGACACACACACACACACACACACACACACACACACACACACACACACACACACACACAUGCACACACAUGCACACACACAUGCAGAGAGAGACACACACACACACGCAUAGAGAGACACAUGCACACACACGCAGUCGCGCGCAAACACACAAACAUACACAGGCACGUGCACACACACACGCACGCACACACAGGCAUACACGCACAUGCACCCCCACACACACCAACACGCACACACACACAGACAGACAGAGUGAGUCUGAUUGUCACUCUUACGGUAUUAAAGCGCUCUAACAUUCAGCUCAGUAUCCCUCAGUUCAUUAUCAAUGGGACCGUAGGCAAAUCACCAACUGUACCUGGUGUUCUGUUACAGGAAGGAGCCAUUCCCUGACAAAUGGCACCCUAUUCCCUAUAUAGUGCAUUACUUUUUAUCAGAGAGAUAUUGGCCCUGGUCAAAGUAGUGCACUAAAUAGGGAAUAGGGUGUCAUUUGGGACGCAGACACUGUGAGCAGACCCAAGUACAGCAACACUGAAGGAUGACUUCUGUUUCUGUGUUCGCUGCAUGUAUUUAUGUCCUCAACAACUUAGAACAAUGAUGAACAAUGAUGAACAGUGAUUAAUUACUUAGAACAAUGAUGAACAAUGAUGAACAAUGAUGAAUUACUUAGAACAAUGGUGAACAAUGAUGAAUUACUUAGAACAAUGGUGAACAAUGAUGAACAGUGAUUAAUUACUUAGAACAAUGGUGAACAAUGACAGGGCUUUUGGUUUUGUUCAACCUGGAUAGUUUGCUGGCUGUAGCCAGUGUUAUUACAGUAGUAAAUGCAUCAGCCAAGUAUAGCAAACCAGUGCUUAAAAAGUAUAUCAGAUUUGAAAUGUUUAAUUGGUAUUGGUACUGAUAAAAAGAUGGUAAACAAUAAUCACAUUCAGUAACACCAUCGGUCUGUUUAGAAUGAACAGAAACACAAUUAGGAAUGGUGAAAGGCUGUUUUCUUGCCAAGCCAGAUUGCUUGCUGGUUUGGGAUCAUUUAUUAUGACUGCUUUUGCGUCUUGAGAUGUAACUGCAUGGUUAAAAAGUGAAAUUGCCAUAUGCAACAUGGGAUUGAAUCCCACUCCUGACAGUUUCCUACUUUCUCUUUAAAAAAAAUAGUUUAAUGGAUUCUGUCAGUUAGUGUCAGUUAUUUUGAUUCUGUCAGUUAGUGUCAGUUAGUUUGAUUCUGUCAGUUAGUGUCAGUUAAUUUGAUUAUGUCAGUUAGUGUCAGUUAAUUUGAUUCUGUCAGUUAGUGUCAGUUAAUUUGAUUCUGUCAGUUAGUGUCAGUUAGUUUGAUUCUGUCAGUUAGUGUCAGUUAGUUUGAUUCUGUCAGUUAGUGUCAGUUAGUUUGAUUCUGUCAGUUAGAGUUGAUUGUAAUUGAUGUCCCUCUCCCUGACCAACAGGCUCUUUCCCACACAGCCUUGGCUGCCGAUCAGGACCAAAGGCAGGGCUACUGGCAGUCAACGGUAAAGCUGAGUGCUCACGCUGUUCGUCUCAAAGCAACGAUGGCAGCAGCGAGUAUUCAGGGGACGAUCCAGUCAGAAAGAGGUGACCCCUCCCUGUAUUACAAUGUGGUUAUACUGUGUUAAAGGGUUAUUAAUCUGGGAUUGGAACAUACAUUUUUGGACUUUUACAUUAAUGAUAUAUAUUCAUUGAUUCUUGAAUAAUAUAAGUUAUAAAUGCCUCAUGAGUUUAGUUCAACGGUCUUACCCUAUCAGAACCCAACAUAAAAGCUUUUUUUACUCAGUACAGCAAUAUGUUAUAGUGUUGUGAUCUGAGUGUCUAUGAGGACAGGAGGUUUGGACUGUUGUGGUCCUGGCACUGUGUUGCUGUUUGGACCAGGGAUGGGCUGGUAAGAAGGGACGUUGUGUAGUCUACUGUCCUCCUGCUGUUGUCACGGUUUCGGCCGAGGCUGCUCCUCUUCCUUGUUCGGGCGGACUUCGGCGGUCGUCGUCUCCGGAGUACUAGCUGCCACCGUUCUAUGUUUCUUGUUCUUUUGGUUUUGCCUGUUCUUAACACCUGUCCCUUAUUUGUGUCUUGAUUGUUCCCCUUAUUUAGUUUGUUGGUUUGGGUCAGGUGUUAUGCGUAAUUGUUGUUGUCAGCCUGCCUCAUCGAGUUUGUUCUCUCGUUGUGUUAUUUCGAGAGCUCGCACUGUGUGCGCUUUUCCUUAUUUUUCUCGCACUGUGUAUUUUCGUGCGUAAUUGUUCGCGCCACCCGGUUGGGUUGGCGACGUAUUCUGUUGUUUGGACUAAGUAAAGUUCUGUUGACGUCCUCCUGGUUUCCUGCGCCUGAUUCCUAUCAUCCACCUACACCACUCUGACAGAAUUACGCAUCCAAAUGGAAUCAGCAGGAGCGACCGCGCCGACCGCCGAUAUGGACGAACGUCUUCGUGGUCAGGAGGACCGAAUGAACCAGGUCUGUCACGCCCUGGAGAGGGUGAUGAACACUCUACACCGAUGGGAGACCAGCGAGGUGCCCGCACCUCCAACCACCGACCCAGCUCCAGCGGUCAGCCCUCCGGUUUCAUCUCCGGAACCCAGUGGGAUUCGGCUCUCGCUCCCGAGGGCGUACGACGGCUCCACCGCCGGGUGUCAAGGGUUCCUGCUGCAGGUGGAGCUCUACCUCGCCACCGUACACCCGGCGCCCUCGGGACACGAGAGCGUCUCAGCCCUCAUCUCCUGUCUCACCGGCAAGGCGUUGGAGUGGGCCAACGCCGAGUGGAGGAGAAUGGACGCCGCAACCACGAACUAUGCGGAGUUCUCCCGCCGCUUCCGUGCGGUAUUCGACCAUCCACCAGAAGGGAAGGCGGCGGGGGAACGUCUGUUCUACCUCCGACAGGGGAUGAGGAGCGCACAGGACUUUGCCUUAGAGUUCCGGACCCUAGCGGCUGAUGCAGGGUGGAAUGAGCGGGCCCAUAUUGACCAUUUCCGCUGCAGCCUCCGAGAGGACGUCCAGCGAGAGUUGGCGUGCAGGGACACGUCGUUAACUUUCGACCAACUGGUCGACAUGGCCAUCCGGCUGGAUACCCUGCUCGCCACCCGUGGGCGUCCCGGAGGGGGGGGUUCGCCCAUUCCACUCUCCAGCGCCUCCGAGCCGAGUCCUAUGGAGCUCGGGGGUGCUGGCGCUAGGGAAAGGAGGAGGAGGAGCCCACGGGGACCCGGCCCUUGCACCAACUGUGGUCGUGGAGGGCACACUGCGGCUAGGUGCUGGGGCGGGUCCUCCAGGGGAGGAGAUGGCAGGUCUAGCAUUGGGGGGGUCCCCCCAGGUGAGUAGGCGCCCUGCUUACCCAGAGCUUUCUGUCGUGCACCUAACCUUGCCUGUUUGUUUCCCACAGGUUGCACCUCGUUCCCAGCAUAAGGCGCUGGUAGAUUCAGGCGCAGCUGGGAAUUUUAUAGAUCGCCAGUUCUGUUUAGAGUUAGGGAUUCCCCUUCUUCCAGUGGAUAAGCCUUUCCCCGUCCAUGCCCUAGAUAGCCGUCCGUUAGGGUCUGGGUUGAUUAGGGAGGUCACAGCACCACUUCAGAUGAUGGCGCAGGAGGGUCAUGAGGAGAGAAUCCAGCUUUAUCUGAUUGACUCUCCUGCGUAUCCGGUGGUGCUGGGUCUUCCCUGGUUGAUGACUCAUGACCCUAUUAUUGGGUGGCGAGAGAAAGCUCUUAAAGGGUGGUCUGCUCAAUGUGAGGGGCGGUGUCUGGGUGUUUCCAUAGGGGCGACCUCGGUGGAGAGUCCGAAUCUAAUGCCAGCACUGCAGAUUCCCCCCGAGUAUGAGGAUUUGGCAUUGGCGUUCAGUAAGACUAGGGCUGCGCAGCUGCCGCCUCAUAGACGGGGGGAUUGUGCGAUAGAUCUCCAGUCAGGCGCAGCUCUCCCGCGGAGCCAUGUGUAUCCCUUGUCUCAAGAGGAGAAGAAAUCUAUGGAGACAUACAUCUCUGAGUCUCUUAGACAGGGAUACAUACGGCCCUCCGUUUCACCCGUUUCCUCAAGUUUCUUUUUUGUGAAGAAGAAGGAUGGAGGUCUGCGGCCGUGUAUUGAUUACCGCGGUCUCAAUCAGAUCACAGUGAAGUACAGCUAUCCACUUCCUCUGAUUGCGACUAUGACGGAGUCACUGCACGGUGCGCAGUUCUUUACAAAAUUGGAUCUUAGGAGCGCAUAUAACUUGGUGCGCAUCCGUAAGGGCGAUGAAUGGAAGACAGCGUUUAGCACGACUUCCGGGCACUACGAGUAUCUAGUCAUGCCAUAUGGGUUGAUGAAUGCUCCCUCAGUCUUCCAAUCCUUCGUUGAUGAGAUUUUCCGGGACAUGCAGGGACAGGGAGUGGUUGUGUACAUCGACGACAUUCUGGUGUAUAGUCCUACCCGUGCUGAGCAUGUAGCCCUGGUGCGCCGAGUAUUGCGGAGGCUGUUGGAGCAUGACCUAUAUGUCAAGGCAGAGAAAUGUCUGUUUUUUCAGAAGUCGGUCUCCUUUCUGGGUUACCAGUUAUCUGCGUCAGGAGUGAAGAUGGAGGUAGACCGGGUGUCAGCUGUGCGUAAUUGGCAGACCCCAACCACUGUGAAGGAGGUGCAACGGUUCUUGGGUUUUGCGAAUUACUACCGGAGGUUUAUCCGGGGUUUUGGACAGGUGGCAGCUCCCAUAACGUCUCUGUUAAAGGGGGGUCCGGUGCGCUUGCGGUGGUCAGCUGAGGCGGACAGGGCAUUUGGGAGACUGAAGGACCUGUUUACCUCGGCGCCGGUGUUGGCGCAUCCGGAUCCCUCUUUACCGUUCCAAGUAGAGGUGGACGCGUCAGAGGCCGGGAUAGGGGCCGUUCUUUCCCAGCGUUCUGGUACUCCACCUAAACUCCGUCCCUGUGCGUUCUACUCUAAGAAGCUCAGUCCGGCGGAGCGGAAUUAUGACGUAGGAGACAGGGAGCUGUUAGCCGUGGUACAGGCCCUAAAGGUGUGGCGGCAUUGGCUCGAGGGGGCUCAACACCCUUUCCUCAUUCAAACUGACCAUCGUAACCUGGAGUACAUCCGGGCAGCUAGGAGACUGAAUCCUCGCCAGGCUCGUUGGACUAUGUUCCUGGCCCGGUUUGUGUUUAAGAUCACAUACAUCCCGGGUUCCCAGAACGGGAAGGCAGAUGCUCUGUCCCGGCGGUAUGACGCAGAGGAGAGGUCAGUUGAGUCCACGCCCAUACUACCGGAGUCUUGUCUGGUUGCUCCGGUGGUGUGGGAGGUUGAUGGUGAGAUCGAGCGGGCGUUACGCACCGACCCGAGUCCUCCUCAGUGUCCUGUGGGUCGGACGUACGUUCCGCUCGAGAUACGCGAUCGCCUCAUUUGUUGGGCUCAUACGUCCCCCUCCUCUGGCCAUCCGGGUAUCGGCCGGACAGUGCACUGCCUUAGCACGAAGUACUGGUGGCCAACGUUAGCUAGGGAUGUGAGGAUUUAUGUCUCCUCCUGUUCGGUGUGUGCCCAGUGUAAGGCGCCCAGACAUUUGCCCAGGGGUAAGUUACAACCCCUGCCUAUUCCACAACGACCCUGGUCCCACCUCUCGGUGGAUUUUGUUACCGACCUUCCCCCCUCACAGGGGAAUACUACCAUCCUGGUCGUUGUGGAUAGGUUCUCGAAGGCCUGUCGUCUCCUUCCCAUGCCGGGUCUACCCACUGCCCUACAGACCGCUGAGGCUCUGUUCACCCAUGUCUUCCGGCAUUACGGGGUACCCGAGGAUAUAGUGUCUGACCGAGGCCCCCAGUUCACCUCUAGAGUGUGGAGGGCAUUUAUGGAACGGUUGGGGGUGUCGGUAAGCCUUACCUCGGGUUACCACCCGGAGAGUAAUGGGCAGGUUGAACGUGUCAACCAGGAUGUGGGUAGGUUUCUGAGGUCAUACUGUCAGGGCCGGCCGGAGGAGUGGGCGAGAUAUGUGCCCUGGGCCGAGAUGGCACAGAACUCUCUUCGCCACUCCUCCACCCAACUAACCCCGUUUCAGUGUGUGUUGGGGUACCAGCCGGUGCUGGCACCAUGGCAUGAGAGCCAGAUCGAGGCCCCCGCUGUGGAUGAGUGGGUAAGGCGCUCGGAGGAGACGUGGGACGCUGCACACGUCCAUCUGCAGCGUGCCAUACGUCGACAGAAGACGAGCGCCGACCUACACCGCAGUGAGGGGCCAGUGUACGUACCUGGAGAUCGAGUCUGGCUCUCAACCAGAAACCUGCCCCUCCGCCUGCCCUGCCGGAAGCUGGGUCGGCGGUUUGUGGGGCCGUUUAAAGUCCUGAGGAGAUUGAACGAGGUGAGUUAUAGGUUAGAACUACCUGUUGACUACAAGAAUAUUAACCCCUCGUUCCAUGUGUCUCUCCUCAGGCCGGUGGUAGCUGGUCCACUCCAGGACUUUGAGAUUGAGGAGACUCCUCCGCCCCCGUUGGACAUCGAGGGGGCUCCGGCGUACACCGUGAGGUCCAUCCUGGAUUCUAGACGCCGGAUGGGGGGUCUUCAAUAUCUCGUGGAGUGGGAGGGGUACGGUCCGGAGGAGCGGUGCUGGGUGCCAAGGAGGGACGUGUUAGACCAGUCCCUACUGACCGAUUUCCAUCGGGGUCAUCCUGCGCGCCCUGCUCCGCGUCGUCCGGGUCGUCCUCGAGCUCCGGGUCGGCGCACGGCUGGAGCCGCGCGUCAAGGGGGGGGUACUGUCACGGUUUCGGCCGAGGCUGCUCCUCUUCCUUGUUCGGGCGGACUUCGGCGGUCGUCGUCUCCGGAGUACUAGCUGCCACCGUUCUAUGUUUCUUGUUCUUUUGGUUUUGCCUGUUCUUAACACCUGUCCCUUAUUUGUGUCUUGAUUGUUCCCCUUAUUUAGUUUGUUGGUUUGGGUCAGGUGUUAUGCGUAAUUGUUGUUGUCAGCCUGCCUCAUCGAGUUUGUUCUCUCGUUGUGUUAUUUCGAGAGCUCGCACUGUGUGCGCUUUUCCUUAUUUUUCUCGCACUGUGUAUUUUCGUGCGUAAUUGUUCGCGCCACCCGGUUGGGUUGGCGACGUAUUCUGUUGUUUGGACUAAGUAAAGUUCUGUUGACGUCCUCCUGGUUUCCUGCGCCUGAUUCCUAUCAUCCACCUACACCACUCUGACAGCUGUCCACCGGCUGUCUCCUAUUGGCAGACAAUCAGACCGAUCUGUGUGACAGCCAGCUAUUCUGUUGCUUCAUUCUGUCAAGCCUAGAUCUAAUUAAAAAUCAACCAAUGUUUUUACAACAGUUUUUAUCAUAUUAAAACAAUCAAAAAGAACAGGCAGGGUUUGUGACAGUCUGUGUUUCUGUAACAGGCAGUGUUUCUGUGGUCCUGAAAGCAAAGCCCACCAAAAGACAAUGUGCGUUCCAAAUGGCACCCUAUUGCCUGCAUAGUGCACUACUUUUGACCAGAGCUCUGGGGGUAGUAUUGACCUAAUUUAGUCAUGAGGGAGAUGCUGAGAUCACACUUAGAGAUAGAGCUUAUCAACUGAAGAGAGAGAGAGAGCUUAUCAACUGAAGAGAGAGAGGGAGCUUAUCAACUAAAGAGAGAGAGAGCUUAUCAACUGAAGAGAGAGAGGGAGCGUAUCAACUGAAGAGAGAGAGAGAGACCUUAUCAACUGAAGAGAGAGAGGGAGCUUAUCAACUGAAGAGAGAGAGAGAGACCUUAUCAACUGAAGAGAGAGAGGGAGCUUAUCAACUGAAGAGAGAGAGAGAGCGUAUCAACUGAAGAGAGAGAGGGAGCUUAUCAACUGAAGGCAGGGAUAUUCUAAUUACUUCCAUUUAUUGCCCCAAUGAAUCAAUUGGUUCUUCAGCGUAAUAUUGAUAUCUGUCUCAUCUCUUCUUAAUCUGAGUCCCUAUUCUGACACCAUAUUCCCUAUUCAGUGCACUGGUUUAUGACCAGGGCCCAUAGAAUGUAUAUGUACAAAUGUCUCUCCUCUCCCUUGCUAGACCGCGGCUGCAGGCUCAGAGGAAGUUUGCCCAGUCUCAGCCCAGCUCCCCCAUUGCCACACCAGUCAAGCUGUCUGAGACCCUACUGCCCCCCAGCCCCACCUCCCCCCUCAGCGACCUCACCAGACGCAAGCCCAAGACCGAGGACUUCCUCACCUUCCUCUGUUUACGAGGUGAGUGGCCUGCAACCUUUAGUUUUUAUUGAACUUUGAUUUAUCCAGGAAGUCCCAUAGAGGUCAGAAUACCUCUUUUACAAGGGAGACCUAUCACAAUAUAAUCGGCUUCUGUGUACUUUCAUGUCCAAUCCCAUUUUACAAGGGAGACCUACCACAAUAUAAUGGGGUUCUGUGUACUUUCAUGUCCAAUCCCAUUUUACACAAAUGAACACAUAUGUAUUGCAAAGUUCAGUUAUGUGUUGAAGUGCUGUGUGUGUGUUCCCUCAUGCACUGCUGUGACGUGGAUGGCACACGUGUUCAACAGUUUUAGUCGUGGGGCUGACUUGGCAACCUGUCGUAGAAGCUUAUUGGUUGAAUGCGAACGGAACACAUGAGCUCACAAGGAAGUAAAGCGUCAAUGUCAUAAGCUAACGCAUUAAGUAGUGCACUAAUUAGGGAAUAGGGUGCCACAUGGGACACAGGUUGGGUUUUAUGAUUGUGUCCCCUUUAAGUGGCCAGUAACUGGGCUUAGUAUUUAGAGUGUCUGGCCUGGCUCCAGUCCUAGUGUGGAUCUGAAUUACAGUCCAUUAUACUGUGGGUUGGCUUCCUCCUAACCUCAACCUCAACCUCAACCACAAAUCUCUUUUCCCCCUGACAGCUUCCGGUCCCAGACAGGCCUGA